UUUCAUAUGUAAAUUUUGUUCAAAGUCAAGGAUUUUCGAUUUCAUGAUCACAAUUUUUUUCUUAAGGUCAUAUUUUUUUCUGAAGUGAAUUAACAAUUUGUGUGUUUAUUUUUUGUGAAAAUUCAAUGCAAAUUUAAUCAGAAACUUUUACUGAAUCGCAUAAUAUUUUUGUUGUUGUUUUUUUGUUAGAAUUUAGUGUCACCUACACUAGGGUAGGCGAGAAGUCUGACAAACAAGUGACUGUUUUGCUUGAUGGAUAAACACCUAAUUGCUGUAGCCUCAGAAGCAGUCUCUUAUAAAGCCCAAUGAGUCUAUGGCAGUUCACAUAGAUUAUGCCUGUUAGUAGCCUUUAUGAAGUGAUUUGAUAUCAUCUGUAUUUAGAUCAUUUUUUAUUUAAAAUCACCUGUAAUUAAUUCAUAAUAUGGUAUCUUCACAUAAGGAAGAUGAUGAAUUACCAGAUAAAAAUGUUGCUAGAGACUUUUAUGCUAAAUAUGAACCAAAGGAAGUUCUUGGAAGAGGAGUUAGCAGUACCGUAAGACGCUGUGUAGAGAAAGACACUGGUCGAGAAUUUGCUGCUAAAAUUAUUGACAUAAGUGCUGAUAUUGAUGAUUCAUCUGGAAGUUUAAAAGAAGCUACUCUUAGAGAAAUUGCUAUUUUAAAACUAGUUGCUGGGCAUCCAUUUAUUAUUGAGCUUCAUGAUGUUUUUGAAUCAUCAACAUUCAUUUUUCUUGUAUUUGAAAUAUGUAAAAAUGGGGAACUUUUUGAUUACCUUACAAAUGUUGUUGCCUUGUCUGAGAAAAAGACUAAAACUCUAAUGAAGCAGUUAUUUGAAUGUGUAGAAUUCAUUCAUUCUAAAAAUGUAGUGCAUCGAGAUUUGAAGCCUGAAAACAUUUUACUUGAUGAUUCUUUUAAUAUUAAACUUACUGAUUUUGGCUUUGCUCAAGUUAUUUCUGAUGAUGAAAAAUUAUAUGAAUUAUGUGGUACUCCUGGAUAUUUAGCUCCUGAAUUAUUGAAGUCUUCUAUGUAUGAAAAUGCCGAAGGUUAUGGAAAAGAAGUUGACAUAUGGGCAUGUGGUGUUAUCAUGUAUACUCUCCUUGUUGGUUUUCCACCUUUCUGGCAUAGGAAACAAAUGAUAAUGUUAAGAAAUAUAAUGGAAUGUAAAUAUGAAUUUUGUAGUCCUGAAUGGGAUGAUAUUACAGAAUUGCCCAAAGAUUUGAUUAGGAGGCUUUUAAUUCUUGAUCCAAAAAAGAGGAUAACAGCUUCACAAGCUCUGCAGCAUGACUUCUUUAAAAUUGUUGUUGCAAAAGGAAGAGUUUUUAAUGCCCGUAAAACAUUUCAAUUUGGUAUCCUUUGUGUACGAGCUAUGAUUCGUUUAAAAAGAUUGAAAUAUACUCCUGAACCAUUAUCAAUUGAUAUUGCAAAAAUGGAUCCUUAUCGUCUAAAGACUUUAAGAAAGGUGAUAGAUGGUUGUGCAUUUCGUGUGUAUUGUCAUUGGGUCAAGAAAGGUGAAAUGCAGAACAGAGCUGCUCUUUUUGAAAAUAGACCUCGUGUUGAAGUUAAGAAUCUUUACAAUGAAGCCUUAAAACUUGUUACAGUUAGUGCUACUUAGUAUUUCAAUUCCUUCAUUUAUAUUCCUGUUAUGUUUUCUUCAUCGCUCCCAUAGGAAUAAUUUAGGACUGGUCUGUUAGAAUUCUUUGUAUAUUAAUUUAUUAUGUUAAAUUUUUGUUAAAGUGAAAUUAAGAUGUUUUUGUUAUUAUAGUUAUUAGUGAUUUAAUUUUUAAAUAUCUGGAAUUCUAUUGGAAAGUAUUUUAUGAACAAAUAUAUUUUGUGUGCUAGUGUAUAUAUUUACAUCUUUAUCUUGUAUAUAUUAUAAAAACCUUUCAUACUUUUCUGUCCUUUUGUCCAUUCUUAUGCUAUCCUUCAUUUUUAGUUAAUUUAUUUUCAUCCUUUUUUUUUUUUCCUUUUCUCAUUUGCAUUAGAAUAAGCUAUCCCUAGUAUAUGAACCAUGUUUGCCAAAUUUUCUGGGCAUUCUUUUUAUUUUCAAAUAAUUUUUCUGAAUGACAAAAUUUAUUUAAAAAUGCUUUCCUUAGUCAAAAAGAUGAAAUGUUUGAAUUUAAGUUAUAUUCAGAGAAAAUUUUUAUUUUAAAAUCAAACUUGAACUACAAAUCAAGUUUUUUUUUCAUAAUUAAUGUUGUUUUUACAUUUUUCUUGCCAUCAUUUUAUAGCAAAAGCUCUUUGACUGGAAAAUGUACUAUGAUGUAACUUUUUUUGUAUUCAAGUUUCCUUUUUUAAAACUGGUUUCGUAUAAUAAACUUUAAAUAUUUCUUUUGUAAUCGCAUUUCAGUUUUUUUUUUUUAAACUUAUUGUCUCUUAUGCACAAUUGAUUAGUUUUAUGAAUAAUUUUAAUGGAAUAUUCUCAGUCAGGUGAUUUUUGAAAAGUCUUUUUUAUUAUUAAUGAUUAUUAAUAUUAUUAUUUUUUAUGAUUAAAUUCUAUAAAGCUUCUGUGAGCCUAAAAUUUUGAUAACCUCAUUUAUGGUUUUUAACAUUAAUAAAAAUUAUUUUUGGAAGACGUUUUGUAUGUUAUAUGAUUGAUUGAAUUAAAAUGAUGAUUAAAAGAGUUUAAAUAAAGUGUUUGGUAAUCAAAUCAAUUCUUAAACUUAUCAUAUUUUUCUUGAUUAUUCACUGAAAUUUUUAAUAGCAUUGCUCUUUAGUUAUACUUAGGUUAGAUUCUAUAUGAAACCAUAAGUUUGGAAGUUGUUUGAUUUCUAAUUGUCCUCAGAAAAUAUUUGUGGUCAUAAGUCCUCAAUAUUAGCUUAAUAAUCUGAAAUGGACAUUGCAUUAUAGAUAAUUUUGUUAAAAAGUAAACUGUUUCAAUUGCAGAACAGAUCAUUUUUAAAAAAUGUUAUAGCUUUACAAAAUCAUCUUGGCUAUAAAAAAAAAUUAUUAUGUGCAGAAAUUUUCUUAUAAUCUUUCUUAUUUUCUUGGAGGUUUUAUUAAUAUCUAUUUAUCCUGCAAUUCUAACAAUUCUAUUUAUCCUGCAACUUUCUACUCCUUAAUAAUUGAUUAACUUACAUUCAAAAUUAAAAAAAUUUUUUGUCUAAAUUAUUAGAUUUUUUUAAUUCAAUUAUUCUUUAAGUAAACUAUAACAUACAUAGCAUAGUUAUACUUGACCUAAAGCAAAGUAACUUUUCCAUGAAAUUCCUUGGAAUAUUCACGGUACCAAUAUAGUCCAUGCAAAUAUAGAUGGAAAGUAAAUGUGAUAGAACAGAGGAAAUUGAAUAAAAAGUUUAUAAAUACAUAUAUUAUAUAUGAUGUAAGAUAUCUUAUACUAAUACACAGAAAAACUGUUCAAUUCAAUCCAGAAAAGGCACAAAUAUUUUAACAUAUUUAAUAAAAUCAAGUUCAACAAAGAGCAUAGAUACCUUUAAAGUUUUCAUAGUAAUAUAUAUAUAUAUAUUUGUGAAAUGUUAAAUUAAUAAUUAAACCAGAACUCCUUUGUAUCAGUUAUGUGUCUUUAUGUUAUAAAACCAAUGGUGUUUUUCAGAUUAUUGAAGACUAAUUAAAUUUCAUUUUAUGAGUUUAGUUUUCAAGAAUUCCAUGAAAAAAUAAUUGAGCUAAUCUUGCUUUGAAACUGAUUAAUAUGGUUGGGGGAAAAAGUGCAUUUCAGAAUAAGUUGAUUAACGGUCAGUACUGUAGCUUUAUCAUAUAUGUGUAUGAUAAUUAACAAUUUUUAUUAUUUAAAAUUGUACAAAAAAAAACACAUCUAUAAAAUAAAUGAAUAAAAUAAUGCCAUAUUUUAUAACUGUUUGUAAUUUGUAACAUUCGUGAAAAUUUGUAGUUAAAUGUAGGGAUUUCUUAAUAGUGCCUUUUGUGUUCCUUAUAUUGAUUAGAUACUGAUUUUGAGACUUUUACUGAAUAAUUAGAUUUAUUCAUCUUAAAUUUGGAAGAUUAUUUCCUGGAAAAUAUUGUCUAUGAUUAUCUAAAAGUAUGUGAUAAAUAUUUGCAAUUUUAAAUGUGAUAGAAGACAAGGAAUACAUUUAUUUCAAAACUAAUAAGUUGAGUGCCAAAUAGCUAGUUUUAAUCCAGUGAAUUUUUCAUUGUUUUAUGAUCAGAUAUCUGAAGUGGAGCAUAAUUAUGAGGUUAUCCACAUUUUAUAUUCUAUUUGUAAUAAAAGACUCUUAAGUAAUAAUUUUGAUAGAAAGAAUUAAGAUAAUUGAGAAUAUCAAUGAGUUUGGUGGUUGAUUCAAAAAAAAAAAUUAUCAUUAACUUUGUAUCAACAAUUUUCCUGGUUAAUUUAUUUAUUUAUUAUUAUUAUUAUGCAUGACAUAUAUUUUACUUCUAUUAAUUUUUAUUGGAGUAAUACUUUUUUUUCCCCACGUUUCUCAAGUUAUUUUAAUAUUUACUUAUGUCAAAAUAAAAUUGAGUUCACGUUCUGUUUUAAAGUCACCAUUUUGAUGUAUUUCUUUUCAUGUCCUUAUAUGUGUAUGUAUUUUGUAUUGUUCACAAAGAACCAGUGUCUUUCAAUGGAAAAUAAAAUUGCAAAUAUGUGACAUGUGAAAAUGCAACAAUGCUCAAUAAGAUUCUUAAUUCAAUAAUGCAAACCUCUAUGUCUAUGCUGUUUAAUUUUAGAAUUUACUGAUAGAUUUGAAAAGAAAAAUAAUGAAAACUUGUGUGAAGAAAUCCUUCUGUUCUCAAUACUUGAAGAGUGUGAUAUUCAUGAAAAUAAAGCCUUACUCUCUA